GUUGCAGUUACGAUCUCUGAAAACUACUCGCAGCACUCUCCGGUGCGUUGUAACAUCGAAGACCCCGAACUUGAAUCAUGAGUCGCUUCACCGUCGCCGCCACCAUCGCGCUCGCGCUGGCGCUCCUCGGCCGUGUGCUAUACCGCCGCCGGUACCGUCAAAGUCUUCAGCCUGGCGCCGUCGCCCUCAUCACCGGCGGCGGUUCGGGUCUCGGCUUGGAGCUCGCGAAACUCUUUGCUAACGCCCACUGCGAAGUCGUGCUGGCCGGCCGCAAUGAAGCCGCCCUCAAGAUGGCGGUGCAGACCUGCAAGGAAGCUGGUGCCCCGCGCGCGGAGUACAUUGCAGCGGACAUCAGCACCGCAGAUGGCACCAACCGUGUCCGUGUCGAAUACACGCGACUGUACGCGAGCAGCGCCGCGCCGUUGAAGUACCUGGUGCUGAAUGCCGGUGCCGGCGCCAUCACCCCCUUUACUAGCGAGCCGGCCUUUGAGAAGAUCUGCGAGGAUAUGAUGAACAUCAACUACUUUGCCAAUGUGCGCCUUCUGCAGACCUUCUUGCCGAUGCUGUCCAAGACACACUCCACGAGCUCGCCGAGUCGUGUCAUUGUCAUGUCGUCGCUGGCGGGCGUUCUGCCGUCCAUUCUGCGUAGCGCGUACACCGCGUCGAAGCACGCGGUCCAGGGCUUCAUGAACGCGUUGCGCGGGGAGACGGCGGUGUGCAUCACGCUGUGCUGCCCCGGCUACGUCGACACCGACUUCCACAGUCGCGUGCUGACGAAUGAUGGGCAGCCGCUUGCCGGCAGCCAGCGCCGCGGCGUGUCACCGGCGGUCUGCGCGCGUCAGUGCGUCAACGGAGCGCUGUGCAACGAUGCGGAGGUGAUCAUGACCACGGCUGGCAAGCUGGGCUAUCACCUGCGGCCUUUUUUGACGGGUAUUGUGGAUGUGAUGGCAAAGCGCAAGAGUCUCAAAUCGCUGGAACAUCACUAG